AUGCCACAUUAUACACAACAGGGAGAUCUUCCACGAAUACCUGAUGGUUCAAGGCUUGCAUCUUAUAUGCAUAAUUCAAAAAAUUCAAUUAUUCAAGGUCAAGUUUAUGGAAUGGGAUCACCAUAUGCAUCUCCAAUACAUACUAGAAAUGGAAUACCAACAAAUCCUUAUUAUGCUCAUUACAAUAAUGAUAUGGUAUCAACAUUUAAUAAUUCUGUUUCUUUACCAAAUACUAAUGGAGAUCAACCUUCUGUUUACCUACCACAUUUUCAUUCACCUUUAGUUUCAGGAAUUGGUAAUGGAUCUGGAAGUAACAUUAGAUCUCAACAACAUUCUUCAAAUCGUGAUGGAACUCCAAGUAGUAGUGGAAAACCUUUUAAUCAGCAACAACCACAAACUGAAGGAACUGAUGGAAUGUAUCAAUAUAUAGAAUUACCUCAUUCUGGAAAAUAUAAUGGAUUUGGUCCAAUUCCUGCAACCUACUUUAUAUCAGAUGAACUUAAAGGAGAAUUAAUUCGUAGACAAUUGGCCAUAAAUUAUCGUCUUGAUCCAACUAGUCCAAUAUUUAAUGAAGUUCCUCAAGAAGUUGACAAAUAUCGACUUUUAGUACCAUUGGAUCGAAUGAAAAUACCUGGAAUAGAUAGACCUCAACAAUCAUUAACUGAAAAAACUAAUACAUAUAAAUGCUUUCAUGUUAGAGACAACCAACCUUAUUGUAUAAAAAGAAUAAUUAAUUAUAAAAAUUAUAAUCCUAAAAAGAUGCAAUGUGUGGUUGAGAAUUUAAAGAAACUUGUUCAUGUUAACAUUGUACAACUAAAAGAAGUUCUUUUAACUAGAGCUUUUUCUGAUAAUUCACUUGCAAUGAUUUAUGAUUACUAUCCAAAUGCUGAAUCUCUUAAAAGUAGAUUUUUUUCUAAUCCUAAUAUGUUAAUAGAUAAUUAUCCAUCCAAGAAUUCUAGAAAUUCUCCAAAUAUUAGAGCUGGUGGUUUGUUACAAGAAAGUUUUUUAUGGAAUAUAAUUAUUCAAAUUUCUGAUGCAUUACGUGUGGUACAUGGUCUUAAAAUGGGUGCAAGAUCAAUUAAUUUAUGUAAAAUUCUUAUUUUUGGUGAAACAAGAAUAUUACUUAGUAAUGUUUCAGUUCAUGAUAUUAAAAAUUUAGAUCAAAAUGUUAAUAUGGAAGAGGCUAUGCGUGAAGAUUUAUUUUCUUUUGGUUUUCUUCUUCUUCAACUUGCUUGUGGUAGAGUUAAUAUUUCACAACAACAAUAUGCCACUGCAUUGGGAAUGGUGGGACAAAAUUAUUCAAUGGAUUUAAAAAAUUGCAUUCAAUAUUUAAUUAAUUAUAAAAUUAAAAAUAUUAAUGAUCUUAUGCCAAUGAUUGGAGCUCGAUAUUAUAUGCAAUUAGGACAUCAACAAAUUAAAAUAGAUACAUUGGAGAAUGAAUUAAUGAAAGAAAUGGAAUGUAGUAGAUUAUUUAGACUUUUAACUAAAUUAAAUUGUAUUACAGAGAGACCUACUUGUAUAGGAUUAAAUGAAAAUUGGUCUGAGACAGGUUCAAGAUAUAUGUUAAAACUUUUUCGAAAUUAUGUUUUUCAUCAACAUAAUAAUGCCGGCCAACCAUGGAUGGAUAUGGCACAUAUUAUAGGAUGUCUAAAUAAAUUAGAUUCAGGUUCUCCGGAAAGGAUACAAUUAGUUUCAAGUGAUGGAAAAAAUGUUUUAAUAGUAACAUAUGAAGAAUUAAAAAGAUGUUUCAAUCAAUCUUUUGAUGAAUUAGUUAAAGCAGCCUGUGAACCUGUUUAA